UAAAAUUAUUGUUUUAUGCAUCGAGACUGUUAAUCUGCUCGCGUGGACCAUGAUGAGAAAUAGCAGAGAUGGCGGAUUUCCGUGUUUGUUGACGCUAACAAUGCAGAUAUGGGGAAAGCUAGCUACCUAGCUAGUAACUACCAUAUACGACCGCUAGUAAUCCACUAUGGUAUCCGAAAUGUCGUUGUAGCCUAGCUAGUUUGUUAGCACAUUAGCUAACAUAAUGUAUCAGAAAGGCCUUUUAGAUAAUGUAGUGGUUGACAGGGAUGCAUUACAGCUAAAUAGAUUACUGAAUUAUUAGAUGCCAUGUUUCAAUAUAACCAGGUCAUCGACUUGGCAUUGUAAUAGGAAAUUAAAAUGGAUGUUGGUUAACGAGCAACCUAUCUGGCUGGCUAACGAGCUAAGUCGAUUAUGUUGUUAGCUGAGAACGUUAGCUUGCUCGCUAAGUGACGUAAACUUCUCCACAAGAUUCCCAGAUUAACAUUAAAUGGUGGUUGUUUGGUUAGGUCCACAUUAGCAUAUAAUCAACAACUGUCCCCUUUCGUUUGCUAUAUACUUCAAUAUCUGCACCGACAUUUAAUAACGUGACCAUACGCUGUGUACAAAUUAUUUUGAGUGGCGAGUUUACUGAGCUUGAGCAUACUGAUUGGUUAGCUGACAUAGCCUUUAGCCAUGUUUGAACAAUAUGGUGGCUCCCUGUUAGUAAAUUAUGAGCCAGUAGUACGAAUUGACAGUCAUAACAAAAUUAAUUGUGUGAUUAAGAUGCCCUGACUCUGUUAACAUUGGACUAGUGUCGUGCAACUAUCCAUUUUAAUGUUGUAAUAUUUGACGCAACUUGAUUUGGACACACCAGGGCUGAACACUUCAACGUUAGCCGUCCUGAGUGUUCUUAUGAGGGAUUCUCAUCAAUAUGUCGGAAACUGUGAAGUAUAUUGACGAUGAACAUAAGACCAUCUUCCUGAAGAUACUAAAUGAGCAGAGAUUAGAGGGAGAGCAUUGUGACAUUGCUGUGGUUGUUGAGGAUGUUAAAUUCAGGGCACACCGCUGUGUUUUAGCAGCCUGCAGCAAUUACUUUAAAAAGCUGUUCAAGAAGCAUGAAGUAGACAACUCCUCUGUAAUAGAGAUAGACUUCAUCCGCUCUGACAUCUUUGAAGAGGUGCUGAAUUAUAUGUACACUGCGAAGAUAUCUGUGAAAAAGAAAGAUGUUAACUUAAUGAUGUCAUCAGGUCAGAUUCUUGGAAUCCGCUUUUUGGAUAAGCUUUGCUCGCAGAAACGGGACUUGUCCACAGAGGAAAAGACAGACCAAAGAAAUGCCAAAUACCCAUAUGACAUUGUCAAAAUUGGAAUGCCCACUGACGAUUCUCACCUGCCAACAAACAGUGGUGUGCAGGUGCUAGGUGACCACGACGACGCUGCCGCUGACGACAUAGUCGACGAUACCCACGCCAAUCACGACCUCGACAAAUCACCCAACAGCGCUCUGAGAGUGCAGGAAGCCAUCCUCAAAGAGCUAGCCAACGAGGAGGUCCACAAAGUGAGCUGCUACGACCAAGACGUUGAAGCCAUGGACACGGAACCCAAAGACUUGGCAGGCCAUGCUGCCCAGACUCUCGGCUUUGCUGACAGCAUGGGAGAGGUGAAAGACGAACAAGCACCGGGCUGGACCACGGCAGCCGCCGACAUGAAAUUCGAGUACCUGCUGUACGGCCACAGGGAGCACCUGGGCUGCCAGGUGUGUGGAAAGACCUUCAUGGACGAGAACAGGCUGAGGAAGCACGAGAAGCUGCACUCGGCUGACCGGCCGUUCAUCUGCGACAUCUGCACCAAGGCCUUCACCACCCAGGCCCACCUCAAGGAGCACUUGAAGAUCCACACCGGCUUCAAGCCGUACCGCUGCGAGGUGUGUGGCAAGUCCUUUAUCCGGGCACCAGACCUGAAGAAGCACGAGCGCGUGCACAGCAACGAGCGGCCCUUCGGCUGCCAGAUGUGCGAGAAGGCCUUCAAGCACAAGUCGCACCUGAAGGACCACGAGCGGCGGCACCGCGGUGAGAAGCCGUUCGUCUGUGGCUCGUGCACCAAGGCCUUCGCCAAGGCCUCGGACCUGAAGAGGCAUGAGAACAACAUGCACAGCGAGCGCAAGCAGCUUGCACCCAACCCACUACAGAGCGAGACUGAACAGCUGCAGGCAGCCGCUAUGGCUGCAGAGGCCGAGCAACAACUGGAAUCCAUCGCAUGUUCAUAGCACACAGCGUGCUCUCCCAAGUACCGCCAACCCAUGGUCUGGGCACCAGUCGAGUCUAACAAUCGAGCUUUUUCUACGUCUUAUUUUUUGGGGGGGGAUGUAGGCAUGUAGUGUUAUAAUUUUGUUUUUGGAGAUUUAGUUAAUUUUUUUCAGAUGUCAUGUCAUGAAGUUUCAGAACUAACAAAAAAUUGUUAUACUUUAUUGACUGUGGUGAUAAUUUUACGAAAAGAGUAUAGGUUUAUUCACAUAAUGUCUAAUUGUUCAGAUUUUCUUAAAGACAAUGUAUAUUGUGUAAUAUGAACAUGAAUUGUUUUUUCUCUUCACUGUACAGGUGAAAAUGAAAGGUGUUGUGAUGUAUAUAUGGCAGCCCAAUGGACAUUACUGCUCUGCCUUAUCCCAAUUGUCAAUAAACCUGCUGUUCUACAAUGCCAGUUUCAUGCCAUAAUUGAAAAUUAAAUACAUGAUUUGUAUAAAGUAAAAUUAAAUGAGAGAUAUGCUGAUGAACAAGGUUUUGAUGGUAAUUAUUCCAUCAGGCUGUACAAACCUCAAAUAAAUUAUGUAUGAUAACAGCUCAAAAUAUUUUGCUGUAAUAAAUGUAUUACCUUUUGGGUAACCUAUA